AUGUCGGCGGUUAUGAUUGUUCAAACGGGAUUGAUUUAUAAUGUGCAAUAUCAUACGGAGCUCAAGAAGGCCUGUGGGAUCGGAGCAGCGAUCGUGCUUUUUAUUUUUGAAGGGGCCUUUACUAUUGGUUUUCAAGCUACUGUAUGGGUCUACCCCUCUGAAAUCCUCCCACUUCGUCUCCGACAACGCGGCUCUUCAGUCUCCACAGCCUGCAACUGGAUAUUUAACUACAUGAUCGUACAGAUUACUCCCAUUGCACUUAAUAAUAUAGGCUAUAAAACGUAUAUUAUUUUCGGUGUACUAAAUGCAUGUUGGGUUCCGAUUAUUUAUUUAUGGUUUCCUGAGACAAAGGGACUGGAGCUGGAGGAUGUGGAUGGACUUUUUGAGAGGGGGGAAGGAGUUGGGGUAGGGACAGGAAAGAGGGGUGUGGGAAAAAGAAGGGCGGUUGAAAGAGGAGUGGGGGGAAGUACUUUGAGUGAUGAGCGGGUGAGAAUUGGGCGUGCGAGUGGAAGUCGAAGCGGAGUUGGCGUGAGUGGGAGUGUUAGUAAUAAUACAGGGAAUGGAAAGGGAUCUGAGGAAGAUAUUGGAUUUGGAACUAGCGAACAGGCGGAAAGGGUCGAGAGGUCUUAA